AUGGAGCCGUGCGGGGGUCUGGAGGAGCAGCAGGAGGUCUCCGACAUGGAGGCGCUGAGGGAGUUCGUGUCGGAGCGGCUGAGCGCCGCCGUGGAGGAGAUCCUGGGAGCCUUCAGGAGAACCAUCGUUCAGUACCAGCAGGAGAUCCAGCAACAGCGCCGACAGCUGGACACCCUGUACCGCUCCUCGCCAGAGCCUCGGAGUGCUCCGGUGUGCAGGAGCGACUCUGCUGAUGGCUACCACCACCCCGCCUCCUCGCAGCACGACCAGAGCGCGGAGGAGCGCGAGACGGGGCCUCCGGCCUGCAGCUCGUCUGAGCAGAUGAAAACCGAACCCGACGGAGGAGACUGCGGACCGCCGGAGCAGCUCGCCUCCUCCGGCGGCUCCCAAAGUGAGACCGAGGACAGCGACGACUACUCGACGGAGACCCUGGUUCCUCGGGCUUUGACGGAGACGAGCAAGACGACGAGACGACGGUCAUCCCUGAGCCGCGGAAGCUCCGCCGAGCCACCGCCGGGAGCCAAGUCCUCCAGCCCGCUGCCGUCCGCCCACGUGUGCCAAGUGUGCCGCGAGUCUUUCCAGAGAAGGAGCAACCUGCUGCGGCACGCCGCCGUGCACGCCGCCGCCUGCGCCCUGUGCGGCACGGCGCUGCAGCACGGCGAGAACAUCCGGGUGCACCUCCACCAGCACAGGGACUCGUCCGUCAGCUGCGGCGUCUGCGGGCAGACGUUCACGCUGCGGGGCAACCUCCGGAUCCACAUGAGGAUCCACUCCGGGGAGAGGCCGUACGGCUGCGCCACAUGCGGCAAGCACUUCGGCAGGAGGGCGUCGCUGGUCCGCCACGUGCGCAGCCACACGGGGGAGAAGCCGUUCAGGUGCAGCUACUGCGGCAGGGCCUUCGUGGAGAAGGGCAACCUGACGGUUCACCUGCGGACGCACACCGGCGAGCGGCCGUACCACUGCUCGGCCUGCGACAGACACUUCAGCCAGCUGUCGUGCUUCUACAAACACUCGUGCCAGAAGAGGGGCCGCCUGUCGGACCGUUAGCGCGCAAGGGGCGGGCCCGGACGCGAUAUUAUGAACCCUACAUAGCCCUCGCCAAAAUCCCGUACCCUGUCCCAAAUCUCGCGAACGGACGCCGGAUUUCCGCUGCGUUGCUAGCGAUAUUAUGAACCCUACAUAGCCCUCGCCAAAAUCCCGUACCCUGUCCCAAAUCUCGCGAACGGACGCCGGAUUUCCGCUGCGUUGCUAAGGAAACAAUCAACUAUCAACUCGGUGCGAAGCAAAGCUAACGUUAGCUGUGCUCUCCUCUGUUCAUGAUCCUCAUUGCUCAUUGAAACUUGAGUAGUUUCGAUGUCUGAUACUUCAUUACUUUUACCCAAGUAGCCUAUAGCUUUUCAGCAGGCCUUCUUUAUACAACACUGUGCACUAUACACUAUAGGCCUAGGCUAAUAGUAGAAAAUGUAAACUUUCUGGUAAAUGAAGUGAAAGACAUG